AGAAUCAUAUUUACGGAUGAGGCAACUUUUUACGCCAACGGUACUGUGGCUUCACAGAAUAGCCGUUGCUGGAGCAAAGUUAAGCCAAGUUUCUUUUUUACUAAAUCGAGACAGGCUGAGAAAGUGACGGUCUGGUGUGCCUUUCAAGUGAAUGCUAUCAUC